AUGAUGCAGCUCAUAGACCCCGCUAAAGGACGCCGCGCGCUCCACAGCAGCCCCGCAGCAGUUCAAGUUCUACACGGCUCCACUUUCCGGCCCGAAGCUUUCGAUAAAGCCGUACCGCCGCCGUACUGCGACCUGCCCCCACGUCAGCACCACUACGCGCUGCCACCAGCCCAAGACGCCACCACGGCUGCCGUCAUCUCCGGGCAGGCUCCCCCCAUCGACGAUCUGGGCCCUAAAGGCAAGAAAUCCUUCCCUGAACUGCCAGCUCCCAACCGAUUUGACGGACGGCGAGAUCUGUACGUGCACAUGACGUACAAACCGUUGACGGGCGAUGAGCAGGCCAAGUACCGGCGCGCAUUUGACGACACUGGUAUCCACGGUCGGCGGGUUGUGCCGCUACCCGGUUCCGACGACCCCGUGAAGGGCCCUGACAUGUUGCAAUGGAAGCCGGAAGCGCGUGUGGCCCAGUUUGUGCCUCGAGGGGGACUGGCGCAGGAGGGCCGAAUCAAGGCUAGCAAGCUGCGAGGAGCCAAGGGGCGAUGA